UUUUCCCAAACUGGACAGAAGCCUUUAAAAUCAAGAAGGUAACACCUGGAGAAGGUCAGCAAGCCAGGGGGGUCACCUCUCAAGGCAAGAUGUGCAAGCCCAAGACUGACAUCGUUUUCCUGAAAGUCCACAAGAGCGCCAGCAGCACCGUCAUGAACAUCCUGUUCCGCUUUGGGGAGACUCACAACCUCACCUUCGCCUUCCCCCAGGGUGGGGGCUUCCAGCUCUCCUACCCCUACCACUUCCUGGCCAGGUUCGUGCAGGGCUUCUCCCCGCACAGCCCCCGGCGCUUCAACAUCCUCUGCCACCACAUGCGCUUCCUGCAGCCGGAGGUGCAGAAAGUGGUGCCCAGCUCUGCCGUGUACUUCUCCAUCCUGAGGAACCCCGUGCAGCUGAUGGAGUCCUCCUUCGUGUACUACAAGGGAGCGUCAGCCUUCUCCCGUGUGCGCAGCCUGGAGGAGUUCCUGCGCCAGCCCCGCCGCUACUACGACCCCUCCCGCGGCGACCGCCACUACGCCAGGAACCUCAUGACCUUCGAUUUCGGCUUCAACCCCGACGGAGAUGUGUCCCCCGAGCGGGUGCAGCUCAUGCUGAGAGCCAUCGAGGCGUCCUUCGACUUUCUGCUCAUCUCCGAGUACUUCGACGAGUCCAUGGUGCUGCUGAAGGAGAUGCUGUGCUGGGACCUGGACAGCGUCGUGUCCUUCCCUCUCAACUCCCGGGACAGCAGCACCAAAUCCUCGCUGCCGGCCUCCUCCGUGGAGCGGCUGAAGGCGUGGAACCGGCUGGACUGGGAGAUCUACACGCACUUCAACCGCAGUUUUUGGGAGCGCAUCGAGCGCCACGUCGGCGCGGCGCGGCUGCGGCGGGAGCUGCGGGCGCUGCGGGCGCGGCGGGCGGAGCUGGCGGAGACCUGCCUGCAGGGCACGGGCAGCGUGGCCCCCAAGGACAUCAAGGACUCGUCCCUGCGGCCGCUGCAGCACGGCGGGGCCCGGAUCCUGGGCUACAACCUCAAGCAGGGCUUGGAUGGCGAGCUGGAGCGGACGUGCCGGCGGCUGGUGACGCCGGAGCUGCAGUACAGCAGCCUGCUCUACAAGAAGCAGUUCCCCCCGCAGCACCCCGAGACCCCCCGGUGA